AGUCUACUGACGCACGUGUCUCGCACCACGAAGCUUACGUUGAACAGGUUCGGUAUGUUCACGGUGUCGUCCUUCCACGCGUUUAUAUGCGCACGUAGCCCGUCCCUGCUGAAUAAUUUAUUGGCGGGUCGCGGCGCGACGAAGAGACGGCCGCCUCUGCUGUCGAGAUCGAACAGCGGCUCCAGCAAGCGCUCGUUGCAGAUUUCGUCCAGGGACGAGGAGAAAAGCGUGAAGGUGUCCGUGCCGGAAAAUCAGGUACGAUCGUCAGGAUAUCGGCUGGUCUCGGUGUUCCUACGUGACGCCAUGACUGUGGAGGAGUUCCUGGCGGCGGCGUGCACCAGGAAGAAUCUCGUUCCGAUGGAGCACUUCGUGCGCGUUAAGAAACGCCGAGAUAUGGAGGACCACAAUUACUUUGUGCCACAUAGGACUGAUUUGAUAGAAACCUAU